GUGUGUGUCUGUCUGUGUGUGUGUGUGUGUGUGUGUGUGUGUGCGCAGUUUAUAGUGGAGUGUCAUGGCAACACGCUGCUGCCUCAGUUCCUGGGCAUGUACCGGCUAACGGUGGACGGAGUGGAGACGUACAUGGUGGUGACCCGGAAUGUAUUCAGCCAUCGGCUCACCGUGCACCGCAAGUACGACCUGAAGGGUUCUACGGUCUCAAGGGAAGCCAGCGACAAGGAGAAGGCGAAAGAACUCCCCACUUUUAAAGACAACGACUUCCUGAAUGAAGGCCAGAAGCUGCAGAUAGGAGACGACAACAAGAAGUACUUUUUGGAGAAGCUAAAACGGGACGUCGAGUUCCUGGCCACCCUGAAGAUCAUGGACUACAGCCUCCUGGUGGGGAUCCAUGACGUGGAGCGAGCCGAGCAGGAGGAGAUGGACGUGGAGGGCGGCGGCGAGGAGGACGAGUACGAGAACGACGGGAUGGGAGGCGGCGUGCUCACCGGCUCCUUCGGCACGCCUCCCGACAGCCCCGGGAACCCCCUCAACUGCGGGGGGUUCUUCGGGCCCGGGGAGUUCGACCCCUCCGUGGACGUUUACGCAAUCAAGAGCCACGACAGUGCUGUGAAGAAGGAGGUGUACUUCAUGGCGAUCAUCGACAUCCUCACGCACUAUGACGCUAAGAAAAAAGCUGCACAUGCUGCCAAAACUGUGAAACACGGGGCGGGGGCCGAGAUCUCGACGGUGAACCCGGAGCAGUACUCCAAACGAUUCUACGAGUUCAUGUCCAACAUCUUAUCAUAGACUCAUCUCCCAGUCCAAGCCAGUCGCACUUCUCGUCAUAGGUCUGUCAAGACGACGCCACUUACUUGUUUCUCUCCUCCCUCGCCUCGGUGUAGGUCCGUCUCCCGAACGCCUCUUUCUCUCUUUAGAAGAAAAAAAUAAAAACAAAAAGAAGAAAAACAAAAAAAAAAAACCCAACAAAACUUCCAGCGUCCUCCCACAGCCAGCACCAGCCUGGCAGGACGGAUGCAUCCAGCCUGUUACAGUCCCCACAUCACCACCACCACCACCGCCGCCGCCGCCUCCUCAAACUCGUGAAAAGCCCCUCACCGGAUCUGGAUCCUGCUAAUCUCCCUAUUUUUUAAAAAAGAAAAGUCCUCCUCAGCCACCUUGUCGCUCCUCACGCCAGCACGGAAACUGUCUCACUAAUGCCUUGAACGAGUGUGUCAGCUUCAGCAGUUAACAGUCCGUUAGUAGAGUCUCUUCGGUUUCUGUUCAUGUUGUUGUUGUUCUUAUGAUUUCUAUUAGACACACACACAGACACACACACACACACAGAUGUAAACACAGAUGCAGAAUGGUCAGAUUGCAUGACAAACUCCUUCGACAGUCGCCAUCAGGCUUCUCUCUCUCUCAGCAACAAAGAAUAAAAAAAAAAAAGACAAGACAAAUUUGGAAUGACAGGGGAUAAACACAUUAAUAUAUAAUGGUGUAUUAAGUAAAUGAAUGCAAUAUCAAAAAAUGCAUGGCUGACGUGUACAUGAGACUCCACCAGUCGACAAACAUCAAACCACUGAACUUCUGAGUGUUACGACGAAAACGACAAAAAAAGAGAAAAAAAAAAAAAUCGGUGUUUGAAUGUUAUGUUGCCAUAUUGUUUUUGAAUAUUUCUGAAAAAUUUUAACCGUGAGCUUGGUGGAGGUCGGUCUAAGAGAAAAAAAAAAAAAAAAAACUCAACAUAAAAAGGGGAAUUCUGCAGCAAAUACUUGUUUUAUUACCAUAAGGAUCAUUUUUAUAUCUUGUUUACAUUAAUGUAGCAAUUUUGUGUUUGUAUACAGUAUUGUUUUGUUACCAACAGACAUUAGGAAAAAAAGGUUACUUGAAAAAAAAAUGAUUCAUUGCAUAUUAAAGGGAGUUUUAUCUUGU